AUGACCUCCCAGCCCGAAAUACCGACCUUUCUUACGUGCGAAGGCGCGCCAAUAGAAGUCUGGAUCGAAGUGGCCGGGAAGAUGGUUCCUCACUACUCCAUAGAGUACAACGCGGAAAAGAAAGAGGUUAGCUGCUGGAUAGCAUCGGAAUCGGAUAAGCCUUUCGCAAUCAUGUAUAAACCCACUACCGACCAGUACGCAAUGGGCUUGAAAAUCAUUUUAGAUGGAGUAACAUCAGGCGGCUACAUAGUGUUGCCUGAAGCUUGCAAUCUUCGACACACCAUAACUGGGGUCCAAAUUUCGGAUACGGAGCAGCGUUUGUUUCAAUUUGGAUGUUUGCAAUUAACUGACGACGAUGCAUAUCUUAACAAGCUUGCCCAAAACCCUCAUUUUGGGGAAAUCCGGCUAAUUGUUGACAAGAAGACCAGUUUUGCAGCCUCUUUAGGAAAGGUAGCUCAUUAUGAUAUCCCUGAGGUAGAUAAAAUCCACGAAAAAUCAAAGAAGGGAUUGACGCAUCAUGUUAAAUUUGGUGAAAAGAGUGUCGUAGCUACCCGCAGCAGUUACAGCUCGGUAAGCUGUGGUGUAAUUGCAACCUUUAUCGUCAAGUAUCGCCCUCUUGAGUGGCUCAUGGCUACGGAUAUUGUUGCGCGUGAUCAAAGGGCAUCUGCUUCCCCAACACCAGAACCAGGUCCCUCGAAUAAACGCAAGGAACCAGAAGUGAAGGACGAAGAGGAUGAAGAGGAUGAAGGCGAAAACAGUGUUGAUGAAGAGGAAAGGGUCUUACUUGCUCAACUGGAUAAAGUUCGACAGAAGAAACUGGAGAGAGAAGCAGAGGGUGGGGCCAGGAAGAAAAUCAAGCUAGAGCCUAAAAAGCAUUUUUUGCCGAAUGAAGUCAUCGAUUUGACAGAUGAAAAUUCUCCAGCGAAAUCUCGUCAGCGGACAGUGGUUCCGAAAACUCCUGCGCCAGUUAUUGACCUCACAUGA